AUGCCACGACUCCCGCCAUGGCUUUUCCGGCAGGCCAAGCAUCAAUCGCCUCAUCUCGCGGCGCUUGUCCCCGCCUGCAGGGACCUCCAGUCAGCCCGAAACGAGCUCCGCUGGAUCACAGAAGGCCGAGGACUUCCCUUGCAAUACAUCCUCGGAUCGCAGCCCUUUGGCCAUCUGGACAUCAAGUGCCGACCCGGCGUCCUCAUCCCUCGGCCGGAGACUGAGGCCUACGCAUGCCACCUUGUAGACUUGAUCAGAACCAGGAGGCACCUGGACAAGAAUCCGAAUUCUGGUAGUCACGGGCUGAAUAUUAUCGAUUUUUGCACUGGCACUGGCUGCAUCCCGCUGCUUUUGUUCUCGUCGCUUCACAACUCUUUCAGUGCGCUCAAUGUGCUCGGAGUUGACAUUGCACGUAAGGCCGUCAAGCUCGGACGAGGGAACAUCGGCAGAAACAGGAAACUUGGCCACGUUGGGUGCCCGAGUCACGGAAAGAGCAUUGCGAUAUCGAGAGGCGAUAUCUUUGACGACCAAGACAUUCAGGCACUCGCCAGUUGUCGCUGGGAUAUCCUCGUGUCGAAUCCGCCCUACGUCUCUCGGCGGGUGUGGGACAAUGGACACGGACAGCUGGGCUACUCGGUUCGAAAAUAUGAGCCACGGCUGGCCCUUGUCCCGGGCAACCACCUUGCUGUACCCCCUGGGUGGGAGCGCGAGGAUGUCUUUUACGCGAGACUGUUGGACGUUGCGGCGUUGCUGCAACCGGAAACUGUCCUGUUGGAACUCGGCGACGAAGCUCAAGCGCGGCGUGUCCUGUCCCGAUUUCCCCAGCAUCUGUUUGCCCAAGGCUCAAUUGUCGAGCUCUGGCGGGAUUAUCCUGACCUGACGCCUGCUCACGGGGAGGACGCCCGGCUAGACGUGGCGACGGUGCCUGACUUGUCCGGCAAUCGAGCCAGCUCGCGCGGCUAUUACGCCUGCCACCACAGCCAAGAUUCUCCCGCGGCCUGCAAGUAUCCAUUGCGUCUCGAUCGAUCCUAUCAAGAGGCUGCGCAACGCCGUACGCCGAAUAAUGACGAACAAAAUGGGCAGAAAAAUGACAAUAAUGAGUCCGAGGCUCAAGCCGAAGAGGGCCACAAGUCCGAACCGGGGAAAGAGCCCCCGCCCCCCCUGCCCGAGGGCUGGAUCCGGCUGAACAAGGAAGAAAUGGCUCAACUGGCGGCCUUUAAAGAAUCGAUGCCAAAGGCUCAGCAAGAAGUUCUGCAGCAGUGCUUGGCGGGACUCAAAGAGACUGGCGCGCCGGCAGAGCUACGAGACAUACUUCAAAAGAUGCGCAAGGGGCCCGGAAACUUGGGCAUAUUAGACAAGGGAAAGCUGAUGCGAUGUGCCUUUGUCAUGGUGGAGAGGUUGGCGGAAUGGGAGUCGGAGCAAUCGGCAAAGAAGGAAAUGGUCAACAAAAACGACGCCAAGGGACAAGAGAACAAGGGGGGCAAAGAGAACAUGAGGGACGACGACGGCCAGGCCCGCGGCAAGCGAUCGGACGACCCGGCGCAGAACGAACAAGACCCUGAGCAGCAAGAGCCGAAAAAGGAAAGGAGCGGCUGGGCGGAAGCUGCUCAGACCGCUGUCGUCCUCGCCGUCACUCUCUGGCUCGCCGAGACGCUGAGCAAGCCUUUCACCGAGAAGGAGAUCACCUGGCAGGAGAUGCGUCGGGCUUUCUUGGACAAAGGCUUGGUGCAGAAGCUCGUGGUCAUCAACGGCUCGCAGGUCCGAGUGGAGCUGCAUCCGGAGGCGGCCCAAACAACUUCUGAGUCGGGGGCCGCUGGCCGGAGGACAUAUGUCUUCUCCAUUGGCUCCGUUGAGUCGUUUGAGAAGAAGUUGGAGGAGGCCCAAGAUCAGCUCGGCAUCCCUCCGUCGCAGAGGAUCCCGGUGAGCUACGAGACGGGCGGUAGUACUUUCGGAAAUCUCUUCCUGGCGUUUGGGCCGACGCUCCUGUUCAUCGGCCUCAUCUUGUGGACCCAAAAGUCCAUGAGUGGGCGUGGUGGCGCUGGAGGCAUGUUCAACUUUGGAAAGAGUAAGGCCAAGAAGUUCAACGCGGAGAGCGCAGUCAAGGUCAAGUUUGCGGAUGUUGCCGGCCUCGAAGAAGCGAAGACGGAGAUUAUGGAGUUUGUCAGCUUCCUGAAGCAGCCCGAGAAGUUCGAGAAGCUCGGGGCCAAGAUUCCUCGCGGCGCCAUUCUUGCCGGGCCACCAGGUACUGGAAAGACGCUGCUGGCGAAGGCGACCGCCGGAGAGUCUGGGGUUCCCUUCUUCAGCGUCAGCGGCUCCGAGUUUGUGGAGAUGUUUGUGGGUGUUGGCCCGUCCAGAGUCCGCGACUUGUUCGCCGAGGGCCGCAAGAACGCGCCGUGCAUCAUCUUCAUUGAUGAGAUCGACGCUAUCGGCAGAGCCAGGAUGGACAGCGGCCGUGGUUUCGGCGGCAACGAUGAACGAGAGGCGACUCUCAACCAGAUCCUCACGGAGAUGGACGGCUUCAACACUCGGGAACAGGUCGUGGUCCUGGCCGGCACCAACCGCGCCGACAUUCUGGACAAGGCGCUCAUGCGGCCGGGCCGUUUCGACCGGCACAUCUACAUCGACCGGCCCACGAUGAACGGACGAAAGGAAAUCUUCAAGGUCUACCUCAAGAAGAUUGUCACCAAAGAGGAUGAGGAGCAUCUAGUGGGCCGACUUGCCACUCUGACGCCCGGGUUCUCUGGCGCCGACAUUUCCAAUGUCGUGAACGAGGCCGCCCUGAUUGCCGCGAGAGUCAAUGCUGAAGACGUCAAGAUGGAGCACUUUGAGCGGGCGAUUGAGCGAGUGGUUGGCGGGCUGGAACGCAAGUCGUUGGUGCUGAAGCCAGAGGAGAAGAAGACGGUGGCGUAUCACGAAGCUGGCCACGCCAUCUGCGGCUGGUUCCUGCGGCACGCGGACCCGUUACUCAAGGUGUCCAUUAUCCCCCGCGGGCAGGGAGCCCUGGGCUACGCGCAGUACCUGCCGCAGGAUGCCUAUCUCAUGAACACGAACCAGCUGAUGGACCGCAUGGCCAUGACCAUGGGCGGGCGCGUGUCGGAGGAGCUCCAUUUCCCCACUGUCACGACGGGGGCCAGCGACGACUUCAAGAAGGUAUCGCAGUUGGCGCGCAACAUGGUGACGCAAUGGGGCAUGUCGGACAAGGUGGGGCCGGUGCACUUCGAGAACGACCCGAACCGGAUGCACAAGCCCUUUGCGGAGGCGACGGCGCAGCAGAUUGACCAGGAGGUGCACCGGAUAGUCGAGGAGGCCUACCGGCGCUGCAAGGACCUGCUGACGGAGAAGAAGCACGAGGUGGGACUCAUCGCGGAGGAGCUGCUGAAGAAGGAGGUGCUGGUGCGCGACGACAUGGUGCGGGUCCUGGGCAAGCGGCCAUUUGACGACAACGAGGAGUUCGAGAAGUACUUUGGAGGGGGCAAGGAGGAGAGCGCUCCGCCUCCGUUCCCGUCCGAGACGGACACGCCAAAGGGCCCGCCGGCACCAGCGCCUGCUUUCGAGCAGCUGCGCGACGCGAGGAGCCGGGAGCUUAGAUGA